AUGGUUAGGAUAGCUGACGACCCACUCCACAAUUCCAUUUCCACAGAAGCAUUGUAUGUUCCUAAUUCUGAUAGAUUUCUAGUCACUAACAACGUUGUUUCCGAUGAAUUAUACCAUUCUAAAGAUUCAUUUUCAUGUCGCGCAACUCGUCAAGGGAACUCGUCAGAUUAUUUUUACUCGAAUGACGGGUUAAAUUUCCACUUCGGUGUAAUAUUGUUCGAUGCAGUUUUAGUCAUUUUGAUGACUCGCAUUGUCGCCUUUCUUCUCAGGCCUUGCAAACAGCCCAAGGUUGUCUCUGAGGUCAUUGGUGGUAUAAUCCUUGGUCCGUCUGUCCUAGGCAUCGACAAGAAGUUUAAUGGGGCUUUUUUCUCCGCAAAUGUCAAGUAUAUCAUUGGGAAUAUUGGAACUAUGGGCUUCAUGUACUUCCUUUUCAUCAUUGGGGUUAAGAUGGAUCUCUCUGUGAUCAAAUUUUCGAGAAGGAAACAUAAAAUGAUAACAUUGGCUGGAGUGAUCAUUCCUCUUGUCACAGGUACAAUAGUUGGAAACAUCAUUAGACCGUCAAUGGAUAAAAUACUUUCUAAACCUUCUUCGAUUGGAAGAGUUGUUUUAGCAAUGGCUGUAACAGGAUAUGCUGUCAUUUAUCCUAUCCUUCAGGAACUAAACCUGCUCAGCUCCGAGAUUGGGCAAAUGGCCCUGGCUAUCGCGAUAAUAACGGACGGAAUAGCGAUAAUCUUGUUGAUCAUAUCUGGGGGGCUAAAACAAACAGAUGUUGGUGUCGAUGCCGCUUUAUGGUACAUGAUCUCUGUAAUAGCUUUCAUGGUUUUCAGUGCUAUCACCCUUCAACAAGCAAUGAUAUGGAUUAUUGGAAAAAACUCCGAAGGGAAGCUUGUCGAGCAAGUUUAUGUGGUUCUCAUUUUGUUAGGGGCUUUGGUGAUGGGUUUUCUUUCAGACAUGCUCGGAUUGGGCAUUGUUACGGGAUGCAUGUUGACGGGGCUUGUGAUACCCGAUGGUCCACCACUCGGAUCAUCAAUUGUGGCCAGGAGCGAGACAUUCAUAAUGAACUUCUUCAUGCCGUUUUCAUAUGUGUACAUCGGAAUGUCCGUGGAUCUUUCUGCAAUGACAAGUGUUUCCUGGUCUGGAUUGGCACCACUUUUUACAUUGGCUAUGUCAGGAAUUGUGUUUAAACUGCUUGCAACUCUUGUGACUUCUCUCUUAGUGAAAAUACCAUUUAGAGAUGCUCUUACUCUCACCCUCAUUCUGAAUUUGAGAGGUCAGCAGGAGUUCAUGUUAAUAAUGCAUUGGAUGGAAAAAUCGGUUAUAGAGAUCCCAUCUUACACGAUGCUGGUGCUAUUGGUAACAGCUGUGACAGCAAUUGCCACGCCUCUCAUCAGAUUCCUCUACGAUCCAACUAGGCCAUAUAUAGUGAACACGAGGAGAGCCAUCCAAUACACCCCUCCACACGAAGAACUUAAAGUAGUAGCUUGUGUCCACAACCAAGAUAGUGUGGCCACCCUCAUCAAUCUUUUUGAAUUCUCUUGUUCAUGUCGGAGAAAUUUGUCAGUCUAUGCUCUCUGCCUCACUGAACUGAAUGGCCGUGCAGCCCCUUUGUUGAUAGAUCACGAGAAGCAGAAAAUGACUUUCAAUUACUCAGGUUACGAUUCCACGUAUAAUGCCUUAAAAAUCUAUAUAGAAGCCAAGAGGGACGUGAUGGAGAUCCAUUCCUUCACGGCAGUGGUUCCAAAGCAAACAAUGUAUCAAGACAUCUGCAAGUUGGCUAUGAUAAAAGAAGCCGAUCUUGUCAUUUUACCUUUCCAUAUGGAAUGGAGGGAUAGCGUGAGAAUGACUGAACUACAUCAUCAACGAAGAACGCCAUCUGUGCUCUCAAAUGUGUUGGACCACGCUCCAUGCUCCGUUGGAAUUCUUGUUCACAAGGUUCACUUAUUGGGCCCCCUUUUCGAUCAUUCCUUCAACAGCUCUCCUCGCCAUGUUCUUGUGCUAUUUUUAGGGGGAGCAGACGCUCGAGAGUCCCUUUUUUAUGCAGAUAGAAUUCUAAUGAAUCCGAAUGUGUUCCUUACGGUGAUUAGGUUCCUUUCUCAUCAUCAUCACAGAGAAUAUGAGCAAGAGAAGAAGCUUGAUGAUGGGGUGAUCAUAUCAUUUCGGGAAAGGAAUGGAAGAAAUAAACGUGUGGUUUGUAGAGAGGUUGUAAUGAAGAAUGGAGAAGAAACAUUGGCUACAAUCCAGGCAUUUGGUAAUGAUGUGCAUUUUGACCUAUGGAUCCUAGGAAGGCACAAAGGGAUCAAUCCAGUUCUCCUCGAAGGAUUAUCAUCAGAUUGGUGUGAACAUCUUGAAUUAGGAGUUAUAGGUGAUUAUAUCUCGUCCAUGGAUUUCGAUGGCACCACUUCUAUUUUGGUGGUGCAACAACAAACUUUGAGAGGGUAA